ACAGAACCUGGAAAACAUGUCGAGACCAAGAAGGGAUCAUGUGCGCUUGACUCAACGUUUGAGGCACGCAUGGUCACUGCUGUCAAUUUUUUGGCGAGCCAAGGCCAGCAUGGCUUCGAGUAGCACCCCCGUACCCUUGGUACAGACUCGAGGGACGGAAUGGAGCUCCGUGCCCAGCGACACUAACCUGUCAACUAUCGUCAUGCCAGGUGCCUAUAUCAUACUGAUGUCAAAUCUUCGACGGAUGAAACUCGUACUCACCAGCACUGAGACACAACACCCUCGGCGGACUUUUUUGAAAUGUCUGUAAAAUCUGACUUGCGGAGACUGAAGUUUUGGUUCGAAUAUGAGUAUGGGGUCAAGAGAUAUUGCACUGUCAGCCCCUUCGAUCGAGUCUCGGUUAUGAAGAACAGCUGGUGACAGUCAGUCUCCCCUACUCCAACCACGGGAAGGAAGA